CGAAAUUUAAACUUCUCAAAAGUUGCACGACGAAAUCGCACAAGAACUUUGGAAGUGACAAGCUACAUGUUUCUUUAGCCCUUGGAGGGUUUGAUGUUGAGUGCAGUUCAAGAGUGGUGUGGUUGCUAGAAUUAUAGAAGCUUGAUCAUGGCUGCGCCGACAAAUUCCGUUCCUGACAUGGAACCCAAGAGAGUGCUGAGAACUGUGCCACAGAAUGUACAGCAGAAGCCAGCUGCCCAAGGGGAGGCCAAUAAACAGGAGGGAGGAAAGAAGUGGGCACUUGCUGACUUUGACAUAGGGCGCCCACUUGGCAAAGGAAAAUUUGGCAAUGUUUACUUGGCUCGAGAGAAGAAAAGCAAAUUUAUUGUGGCAUUAAAAGUUUUAUUUAAAUCCCAGCUCCAAAAGGCAGGAGUUGAACAUCAGCUAAGGAGGGAGAUUGAAAUUCAGUCCCACUUGAGACACAUCAACAUAUUGCGGUUAUAUGGGUAUUUCUAUGAUGAAACCAGAGUCUACCUUAUCCUUGAGUAUGCACCAAGAGGAGAGCUCUACAAAGAACUACAGAAAAAUCAGAGAUUUGAUGAUAAAAGAACAGCAACUUAUAUAAGCCAGCUGGCAGAUGCCUUGAGGUACUGUCAUGCCAAGAAAGUGAUCCACAGGGACAUCAAACCAGAAAACCUUCUACUGGGCCUCAAAGGAGACCUAAAAAUAGCAGAUUUUGGCUGGUCAGUGCAUGCACCAUCAUCCAGGCGUGCUACACUCUGUGGGACGCUGGAUUAUCUUCCUCCUGAGAUGAUAGAAGGAAAGAUGCAUGACGAGAAAGUAGACCUUUGGAGUUUGGGUGUGCUUUGCUACGAGUUUCUGGUCGGCAAGCCUCCGUUCGAGGCUGAGGGACACACAGAGACGUACCGUAGGAUAUCCAAGGUUGAACUCCGGUUCCCGUCCCAUGUCUCUGAUGGGGCUAGAGAUUUAAUAUCAAAACUCCUUCGCCAUGACCCACAAAAAAGAUUGCCUCUGAACGAAGUAUUAACGCACCCUUGGAUUAGAGAAAACGCAGACAUGCAUGUUCAACCCACCCCAAGGGUAUAGUGUUACUUACAGACUUCUUCAUAUGAAGACCUUAUAAAUAUAUAAAUAUGUAUUAACAAAAUUAAUUGUGAAACAAAGUGGAGGGAAAGGAACUCUUAGUGUAAAUGAGGAAAUUGGAAUAAGACACUUCCUGCAAAGAGAUUGAGGUGAUGGCAUGUAGCAUCCCCAGGGACAGGAUUUAGUGAAGUUGGAUGACUUUAUGUAAAUUAAUUUGGUUCUGACAUGUGUGCAAGAUUGAAUGAAAAGUGACUGUUAUUAAAGGAUGGUCUGAUAUGUAUGUCACUUGUUUAAAAGUGGAGUGGAGAUUAAAAUAGAAGUCCACUCUGUUGUCAAUGUAGCAUGAUGGAUCUUGAUGUUUUAAGGUUGUUCUUUUGUAAGUAGAAUUCCUGUUGUUACCUCUAAACAAAGAACCACUGAGUUUUUUUCUUGGAUCACUUUAUUCUCUUAUAAGAAUUAUUGUUGUGUAGCAGCUGUCCAGGUUAUGCAACUGGAAUUGCCUGUAAUACAACACCCUGUAACACGAGAGAGAGCUCACUGAAAUCUUAGUUCGUACAUUUAUCAGUCAAGGCUGCUUUGGGAUUUGGUCAAAAGCUUUUUGAAUGUUAAUAUGACUGCUAAUACUAACUAAUUUAUUAUAUGUCACAGAACUUGAUUUUAUUUAUUUAUUUAUUAUUUUUUUUUUUUUGGAAAUAAUGAUCAUAUAUACUAGGCUUGCUACUGUACAAGGUUUUGAUUGAGUCGAGUCCAAGUUAUGUUGGAAUUGAGCAGAAGUUGAAGUCACAACAUUGAUAAGAUGGGAAAUUACCAUUCAAUUUUCUUUAUCUCUAUUCUGCCAAACUAUAAUUUUCAUCAACUUAAGUUGACAUUAAUAUAGUGUGAGUUCACUUAUUAUAGUUCUUAUUUUUUAUAUCUAUCAUUAAGUUAUGUGGACUUCAAUUCUCAUAAACAUAUCUGCAGACUUCUAUCUUUGCAGGUUUUCAAUGUCUUUUUUUAAAUUGCAAAGGUUUGUCUUCUUAGAAAUUAGUUUUUUUUAUCUUUAUGCCAAUAGUUUAAUAUCAAGAAGUAUGUCCACUUUUUUCAUUAUAUUUAAAAAGCUUUAAAGAAAUUUGAAAGAAAGUUAAUUAGUUAGCCAGUUGCUGUCACAAUGCCUGGUAGAAAUCGGCCUUUGAGUGAUUGGGAGUAUUUCAAAGUGGUAUUGAAUGCAAACAUCAAAUGCUCGAUUCGUCUUUUCUGCAGCAAGAAACUGUAAAGAACUAAUUUUGGAAGUUAUUAAAUCUUUAUUGAAUGAUAAUUUUCUAGAAAGUUGAAAAAAUAAAGAAGCCUGGCUGUCAUAAGCACGAGGUUAAGAUAUUUAAAGAAACGAGAUAAGCUUUUAUAAACUAGUGCUUGUAUUCAUACAGUAUUCAUUAAUACUUUGAAAUAUUUGGAAGUUGAAGUUGAAAUCUGUUUCAUAAAAAAUGUUGGGCACGUGAGUAAUAAG